AUAGUUUACUAUAAUAGCUCGUUGCUGGCGACUCUAUGGAUUCAAUCUCAGAAAUUCUUUGUUCGUAUAGUAUUUAAAUAUGUUUUCUCAAGAAUUAUUAUUUUCUAAUACUGAAAAAUUUUUCAAAAUCAAAAUAUAACAAAUUAUUAAUUUAAUCCUUGUUUUAAAUUUUGUGUUGGAGUCGACAUUUUUCUCUCCUGAUCAAACAGGUCUUGGUUGAUGACGAAACUUCCAGACGAUCAAGAUCAACUUGGCGGUUUCUUGAUCUUGUGCUUCGUGUUGAUGGGUUGUUUCUUCUCGUGUUUAGAUAUUCUAGGCGUUUUAAUUAAUUAAUUUCUAUUAAAUAGCUCUUCUUUUCAUAUUCUUUCUAAACUAUGUCGGCAGUUGAAAAUAAUGUGACACAAUCGGGACAACCAAGUCUUUCAAAGCAGGACCUUUCCACACUCGAUGUUACAAAGUUGACAGCUUUGUCUCCAGAAGUUAUAAGUCGUCAAGCUACUAUUAAUAUUGGUACAAUUGGCCAUGUAGCACAUGGAAAGUCAACUGUAGUCAAAGCUGUUUCUGGAGUGCAGACUGUCAGAUUCAAGAAUGAACUGGAGAGGAAUAUCACCAUCAAAUUGGGUUAUGCAAACGCGAAGAUCUACAAGUGUGACAACGACAAGUGUCCGCGCCCGGCCUGCUACAUGUCGGGUGGCUCCAGCAAGGACGACACGCUGCCGUGUCUCCGGCCUAGCUGCCCGGGCAAGUUCCAGCUGGUGCGUCACGUCUCCUUUGUCGACUGUCCCGGUCACGACAUCCUCAUGGCCACCAUGUUGAACGGCGCCGCUGUCAUGGAUGCUGCUCUCCUGCUCAUUGCUGGAAAUGAGUCCUGCCCACAACCUCAAACGUCCGAGCACUUGGCAGCCAUUGAAAUUAUGAAGUUGAAGCACAUUGUAAUACUUCAAAAUAAAAUCGAUCUUGUGAAGGAGGGACAGGCUAAGGAACAGCACGAACAGAUUUUGAAAUUUGUGCAAGGAACUGUUGCGGAAGGCGCUCCAGUGGUGCCAAUCUCGGCGCAGCUGAAGUACAACAUCGAGGUGCUGUGCGAGUACAUCACCAAGAAGAUCCCGAUUCCGUCACGUGACUUCACGUCGGCGCCACGGCUCAUUGUCAUCCGGUCGUUCGACGUCAACAAGCCCGGCUGCGAGGUCGACGACCUCAAGGGCGGUGUCGCUGGUGGCAGUAUCCUCAGGGGAGUGCUCAAGAUUGGAAUGGAGAUCGAGGUGCGUCCGGGCUUGGUGUCCAAGGACAGCGAGGGCAAGCUGUCUUGUCGUCCCAUCUUCUCACGCAUUGUCUCCCUGUUCGCCGAACAGAAUGAGCUGCAGUUCGCCGUUCCUGGUGGAUUGAUCGGUGUUGGAACAAAGAUUGAGCCGACCCUUUGCAGAGCCGACCGUCUGGUGGGUCAAGUACUCGGCGCCAUUGGUGCUUUGCCCAAGAUAUUCAUUGAGCUCGAAAUAUCCUACUACUUGCUCAAACGUCUCCUGGGUGUGCGAAUGGAGGGCGACAAGAAAGGAGCCAAGGUGCAAAAACUGACCCGUAACGAGGUGCUGCUGGUGAACAUUGGUUCCCUGUCGACCGGCGGCCGAGUGAUAGCGCAGAGGGCCGACUUGGCCAAGAUCAGUCUCACCAACCCUGUCUGUACCGAAAUCGGAGAGAAGAUCGCCCUCAGUCGGCGUGUUGAAAAGCAUUGGAGAUUGAUUGGAUGGGGACAAAUCCGCGGAGGGGAGACCAUUGAACCAACCACGUAGAAGAAAUCAAUUUAUUUCUAGGCUAAGCGUUUAUAAUUAACAAUAAUUAUUUUAUUUGUUUGUUUGAAAAUUGUUGGACUACUCGCCACAAAGCCUAUUGGAAUAAACAUUUAUUUGAUAACAUGA